AUGCUGUCCUCCCUGAUCUACACCCUGGCAUUGGCCCGGCUCUCACUCGGAGCUGCCGCCAAUGCGUCCUUCACGCCUGACGCCAGUCGCUGGCCCGGCGGCAUGCACCUGGGGACCGACUACUACCCCUCGCAAUGGCCCGAGUCGCUUUGGGAGAGCGACUUUGCCGCCAUGCAAGCCGCCAAUAUCUCGUACGUCCGGGUCAGCGAAUUCGACUGGUCUGUCCUGGAACCGGCCGAGGGCGAGUACAACUUUACCCUGCUGGACACGACGCUGGAGCUGAUGGGCAAGUACGGCUUGAAGGCCAUCGUCGGCACGCCGACUGCCUCGCCACCGAAUUGGGUCAGCGAGAAGUACGACAUCAACUUUGUGGAUCGUACCAACCGGACGCUGCUGUUCGGAUCACGUCGAGGCUAUAGUUUCUCGUCUUUCGACUACCGCGACUUGUCUCAGAAGAUCACGACGGAGCUGGCAAAGCGAUAUGGCAACAACUCCAACGUGGUGGCGUGGCAGCUGGACAACGAGUUCGGAUGUCACGACACGGUGCGCACGUAUGACCACAACGCGAUGGUUCGGUUCCGGACCUGGCUGCGGCAGAAGUACGGGACCAUUGAGGCGAUGAACGAUGCCCAGGGCCGUGUUUUCUGGUCAACCCAGUACAAGAGCUUCGAUGCUGUCCAGCCGCCGUUCCUUGAAAUCUACACGCUGAACGAGGCACACACGCUAGAUUGGUACAAAUUCAGCUCCGAUAUGGUGAUUGACUUCGCCAAGGAGCAGACCGCUAUUCUGAGGCAGUAUGCACCAAGGCAUGCUAUCACGACGAACUUCCAGAUGAUGUUCACUGAUUUCGACCACUACAAGUUCAACCGCGAGGUGGGACUCGACCUGGCCACCUACGACCAAUAUGCUCUGGCCGGACUCACCGCCGUUGCUGGUGUUACGGACCAACAGAUGCAGGAGUACCUUCGCACUGGCCUGCCGGACCUGCAGAUGCUUCAUCAAGACUUGUACCGCGGCAUCUCUGGCGCUGCCUAUGGCAAGAACAGUGGUCCAUAUGGCAUUAUGGAGAUGGAACCCGGCGUUCUGAACUGGGGCCAGUACCGCGUCUCGCCCGCAGUGGGCAUGGUGCGACUGUGGAGUCUCGAGACGUUCGCUGCCGAGGGGAGCAUGGUCAAUUACUUCCGAUGGCGUCAAGUUCCAUACGCACAAGAGCAAACGUUGUCCGGCCUCCACGUCUCCGACGGAACGCCAGACGAAGGCUUUGAGGAGACUCAGAUUGUUGCUCAGGAAGACUUGCCCAAGGUGCGGAGUGCCAUGAGCAUGAGCACCCAGAAAGCCCAAGCCGACGUCGCCCUCGUCUUCGACUACAUCUCUCACUGGGUGUUCGCCAUCGAGCCGUAUAGCGGUUCGUGGUCGGUCGACGAUGCGGGCUACACCGACACCACCGUCGCCUAUACCGACCUCGUCUACAAUUUCUACUCAGCACUCCGCCGCCUCGGUCUCAGUAUCGACGUGGUCUCGCCCGAGCAAGCGCUGGACGGCUACAAGAUGGUUGUGGUGCCCAGCUUGCCGAUCAUUCCCGACGCCUUCAACGCCGCGCUGGCCAACUUGGACGUUCCCGUCGUCUUUGGCCCGCAUACCGGCUCCAAGACGGAGAACUACGCUUACCCUGCGGGGCUCACGCCUUCGGCGGGCGCUCUGAGAGACCGCCUCCCCAUGCGCGUCACGCGCGUGGAAACGCCCCCGGACUACGCAGGCAGCGGUGUCGCGUAUGCAGGUGCGAACUACUCCAUCUCGGCCUGGGAAGAGACCGUCGUCUGCUCCCGCCAGAACUCGACGAGCAAGGCCACGGUCACGUCGACUUCCAGACACCGCCUGGGCAAGCCCGCAGCCUGCGCGAGCGACGAUGGGGUGCACUACCUAGCCUUCAAGCCGCCGGUCGAGUUCCUGGUCUCCUAUCUCGGCGAUGUCGCGAGUAGCGCAGGUGUACGGGACGGGAUGGGGAGGGUAGCCAGUCAGGUGCACGAUUUGGGAGAAGCGCUUCGUCUGACGAGGCGCGGGGAUUUGCUCUGGGCGUUCAAUUACGGCAUGGACGCGCAGUCGUUACCACCGAUGACGAAUGGCACGCUGGUCGUUGGCGCGAGUGGUAACUCGAAUGAGAUGCCGGCUUAUGGGGUCAAGGUGUGGAACAUGGCUCGUUGA